GGAAGGAGACUGGAUUUCGGCUGGAGGCGCUAGAUGGCUUCCCGUGAACCUUCGCAGCGUCGGUGGGGAAACUGAGGUCACCGAACCGCUCCGAUAGAGGAGACUCGGCCUCGCGCGGGGACGUCAGGAGAGCUGUAGCUAAAGAGAGUGGCGGGACUUGGGCAGGGGUUAGCUGAGGGCCUCGGACCUCGGAGUCUCUCUGCCCGCCGGGACGAAGGGAGAGCCGGCCGGGCGCAUCUGCUCCUACGGAGGAGCCGGCCCAGCGGUGAACUAGGAGAGCUUUGGGCCCGCCGUCCUUUACAAAAGACAUGAGUGGAGAGUAUAGAGGCAGAGGAUUUGGACGAGGACGAUUUCAAAGCUGGAAAAGAGGAAGAGGUGGUGGGAGCUUCUCAGGAAAAUGGAGAGAAAGAGAACACAGAACUGACCUGAGUAAAGCCACAGGAAAACAUCCUUCUGGUAGGAAAGAACAAACUUCACAGUCUUUGCUACUACAAUCAACAUUGGAUCAGUUCAUACCGUAUAGAGGCUGGAAGCUUUAUUUCUCUGAAGUUUACAGUGAUAGCUCUCCUUUUAUUGAGAAGAUUCAAGCGUUUGAAAAGUUUUUCGCAAGACAUAUUGAUUUGUAUGAUAAGGAUGAAAUCGAAAGAAAGGGAAGUAUUUUGGUGGAUUUUAAAGAACUGACAAAAGACGACGAAAUGGCUAAAUUGAUACCAAAUAUAGCAAAUGAAUUAAGGGAUACACCUGAGAAAACCUUGGCUUGCAUGGGUCUGGCAAUACAUCAGGUAUUAACUAAGGACCUUGAAAGACACGCAGCUGAACUACAAGCUCAAGAAGGAUUGUCUAGAGAUGGGGAAACAAUGGUAAAUGUGCCACAUAUUCACGCAAGGGUUUACAACUAUGAGCCCUUGACACAACUCAAAAAUGUCCGAGCAAAUUACUAUGGCAAAUACAUUGCUUUGAGAGGGACAGUGGUCCGCGUCAGUAAUACAAAGCCUCUUUGCACCAAGAUGGCUUUUCUUUGUGGUGCAUGUGGAGAAAUUCAGAGUUUGUCUCUUCCAGAUGGGAAAUAUAAUCUUCCCACAAAGUGUCCUGUGCCUGUAUGUCGAGGGAAGUCAUUUACUGCUCUCCGUAGCUCUCCUCUCACAGUUACGAUGGACUGGCAGUCAAUCAAGAUCCAGGAGCUGAUGUCUGACGAUCAGCGAGAAGCAGGUCGGAUUCCACGGACGAUAGAAUGUGAGCUUGUUCAUGAUCUGGUGGAUAGCUGUGUCCCGGGAGACACAGUGACUAUUACUGGAGUUGUCAAAGUCUCAAACGCUGAAGAAGGUUCUCGAAAUAAGAAUGACAAAUGCAUGUUCCUGUUGUACAUUGAAGCAAAUUCUGUUAGCAAUAGCAAAGGACAGAAAACAAAGGCUUCUCAGGAUGGGUGUAAGCACGCAACAAUGAUGGAGUUCUCACUUAAAGACCUUUAUGCCAUCCAAGAGAUUCAAGCUGAAGAACACCUGUUUAAACUCAUUGUCAACUCGCUUUGUCCUGUCAUUUUUGGCCAUGAACUUGUUAAAGCAGGUUUGGCAUUAGCGCUCUUUGGCGGAAGCCAGAAAUAUGCAGAUGACAAAAACAGAAUUCCAAUUCGAGGAGACCCACAUGUCCUCGUUGUUGGAGACCCAGGCUUGGGAAAGAGUCAGAUGCUACAGGCAGUAUGCAACAUUGCUCCACGUGGCGUGUAUGUUUGUGGUAAUACCACGACCACCUCUGGUCUGACUGUAACUCUUUCAAAAGAUAGCUCCUCUGGAGAUUUUGCUUUGGAAGCUGGUGCCCUGGUACUUGGUGACCAAGGUAUCUGUGGAAUAGACGAGUUUGAUAAGAUGGGGAAUCAACAUCAAGCCUUGUUAGAGGCCAUGGAGCAGCAAAGUAUUAGCCUUGCUAAGGCUGGCGUGGUCUGUAGCCUCCCUGCAAGGACUUCCAUCGUUGCUGCUGCGAAUCCUGUUGGAGGACACUACAACAAAGCCAAGACAGUCUCCGAGAAUUUAAAAAUGGGGAGUGCCCUACUAUCCAGAUUUGAUUUGGUCUUUAUCCUGUUAGACACCCCAAAUGAGGAUCAUGACCAUUUGCUCUCUGAACACGUGAUUGCAAUUAGAGCUGGAAAGCAGAGAACUGUUAGCAGUGCCACAGUAGCUCGUAUGAACAGUCAAGAUCCAAAUACUUCUGUCCUUGAAGUGGUUUCUGAUAAACCAUUAUCAGAAAGACUAAAGGUGGUUCCUGGAGAAACAAUAGAUCCGAUUCCCCACCAGCUGUUGAGAAAGUACGUUGGUUACGCUCGGCAGUAUGUCUAUCCGAGGCUCUCCACAGACGCGGCUCAAAUUCUUCAGAAUUUUUACCUUGAGCUCCGGAAACAGAGCCAGUGGUUUAACAGCUCACCAAUCACUACUAGGCAGCUGGAAUCUUUGAUUCGUCUAACAGAGGCACGAGCAAGGUUGGAAUUGAGAGAGGAAGCAACCAAAGAAGAUGCUGAGGACAUAGUUGAAAUUAUGAAACAUAGCAUGCUGGGAACUUACUCUGAUGAAUUUGGGAACCUAGAUUUUGAGCGGUCCCAGCAUGGUUCUGGAAUGAGCAACAGGUCAGCAGCAAAAAGAUUUAUUUCUGCUCUGAACAACAUUGCCGAAAGAACUUACAAUAAUUUAUUUCAAUUUCAUCAACUUCGGCAGAUUGCCAAAGAGCUAAACAUUCAGGUUGCUGAUUUUGAAAAUUUUAUUGGAUCACUAAAUGACCAAGGUUACCUCUUGAAAAAAGGCCCAAAGGUUUACCAGCUUCAAACUAUGUGAAAGGACUACGACGCCAGGACCUCCUGGGUUUAUUAGCAGUUUAAAGCCAUCUCAAUAGCGAGUUACAUCCCAAAAGUAGUGUUAUAGAAAAGAGUGUUGAAUUAAUUUAAGAAGUAAUAAAGUGUUAAUUUUCUUACAACUUCUCCAAAAGGCUGAAAAUAAGUUGUUUACAUUUUUUAAUGUAAAUGAUAUAAAUUAUUUAUAGUUUUGUUUU